UUUCCAGCCAAUUUUCGACGUCCAUCUCCAUGCAACUGCUAUCAAACGACAGCAACUACACGGAAAACAACUGCAUCCCGCAACUAGAAGUCGAUAAUAUGACGAAUUUCAAUGACACCCCGGUCUGCGAGCCGAUCUAUCUCGAGUACGACUUACAGUACGCGUACUUCAACAUGAAUUUCGAAGACGCGGUAAAGAAGUGCCUGAAUGACAAGAGUUGCGGUUGUUUCGUACAGAACCCGAUGGAAAAUGUCUUUUGGUUCAAAACCACCGAACACUGCAACAACCGGGAAACGAAAAACAACGUGAUAAGUGCGAUGAACAACAAUCCCGAUGGUGGGGAGGUUUUCGCCGGAUCUGGAACAUAUUCACAAACAGUUCUGUUCACCGCAGAAGAGAUCAUAGACCGCAGCUCCCUGAACCCGG